GUGUUCAAUCGUGCAGAGCUAAACUUAGAACUUCUUUCACUUUGAUACUCUCUCUCUCUCUCUCCCUCUCUCUCUCUCUCUCUCUCUCGAAUUGUCUCAGAAACCAUGAAAUCUGGCAGAGAGAAAGAGAAAGACAGCAUCAGUGUGCAUAUGCAGACCCUCCAUAGCCGUCUUUUCCAGUUCUUAAACCUUGGGACCAGGCAUUUUGAUGAAAAGACAAGCAAAUGGAAGUGGCACUGCGCCAACAUUGAAGUGCAGAAGAAUGUUAUUCGAUCAAUGAGUGCGUUUCUUGAUUUCUUAUCAAGAGAUGUACUUGCACUACGUCAUGCUAUUGUUAAGGAAUCUGUUGACGAUGUUUUGGGAGCAUUGUUAUGGAUUCUUCAAUGCAAAAAUGGGUCUUUGUUAAGCAUGGCGUCAAAUGUUGCAGUGAAGUUGGUUAGUGUUUUGCCAAAUCAACUAUUGCAACCACAUGUGUUGGAUCUUGUUUAUUGUCUGUCAUCCUUGCUAUCUUCACAUCAAGUAGAAGUCGCAAUACCCUGUGCAACUGCUUUAAAAUUGAUAAUAUCAAAUUUGAGUGCUACAAAUGAGAAGGCAGUUAUGAAAGCAUUGAAAGAAACAGAGAGUUCUAUUCGUAUUGUUGGAAAUAUAAAAGAUUUUGCUGAAGGUACAAAGAAAAUUGAGUAUUUUGAAGAGAUGACUUCGCUUUUGAGCAUGAUACUGUGGCGGUGGCCUCCAUCUAGGUUCCCUGUUUUUAAUGAUGUUAAACUGAUGAAAGGUUUAGCAAACAUGCAUACAAGGACCGAUAGUUCUAUUAAAAUUGCACUUUUAAGGCUAUACACAUCUUUAGCAUUAUGUGACUCUGUAGCAAGAAAGCUUCUAGAGGAUGGAGAAGCAUUUCUACAAAUGGUUGUGCAGGCGAUGGGAGAAUCAAACCCUCAUGUUGUUCGAAUAGAGGGAUUUAGGCUUGCUCAAUGUUUAUUGAGAUCACAAGAGAAUUGUGUAAAAGUGGUAGGCUUUUGUGGUGAUGCACUUGUUGAUGCCAUAAUUUGUGGGAUGAGAAAAACAGGGCCAAGUUCUAAAAGAGUUGGUAACAACCAUGGUUCUUUAUUAGAGGAAGCAUGCCGGUUGGCUCUAAUAACUCGUUGGGCUGGUGAUCAUCAUACCAUCUUUUGGAAACAAGGAAUUGCUGGAGCCCUUAUUAAUCUUCUGGUUGAAAAUAUUCAAGAGAAGCAAGACCUAUCGUCUGAACCUGCCUUGUCAUUGGAAAAGCAAAUAUCCGUGGCACAAAACAGAUUAAAAGCCAAUUAUCGUCUUGGUACAAAUUAUCUGUGGGACAUUCUUGGGUGGCUUACAUUUCAUUGUGGAGAAAAUUUGAACCCUCAGAUCCAUGGAACUCAGCUCCAGAUCAACUUUCUAAUUACAUGUGCAUGCUUGACUUUUGUGGAUACACUUGAAAAAUGGUGCCGAAUAUUUCUAAAGGAUAUUGUUGAUCAUUUUCAAAGUGAACCAAUAUCAAGGGCUGUUCUAAUGAUGAUUCAUUCUCCAUGUAAUCACAUCUCUUCGCAUGCUAGAUUUGUAUUAUCAGAUAUACUGAAGUUGAAAAGCUUGUCCUUCUUCAGAAAGUUAAUGCAUACCCUACAUUAUUCAUCAUCCCUAGAAAGCUAUGGGACAUUAGAUAAACUUCAAAUGGUUGUCAAUUUAAUUGGAAUAACAUGUCUUGCAAGUUUACCACAGUAUCAAAGCUGUAUCACUGAGAGCAAGGGAAUAAAGGCCAUUGUUCUUCUUGUGAAACGAUGCUUAAGUAAUGAAAUUCAUGUGGAAAGGCCAAGCUUCACCCCUUAUUUGUAUACAACAAUCCAUGAAAGGUCUUGUUGCUCUAUUCAUAAAGAUUGGGAAGGUUCCAAUAUUCUCUUAUUUUAUGGGUUGUGGGGCUUAGCUGAUGUUCUUCAUCAGUGUGGCCUUCUACCAGAUAAUCCUCAGCAAUUUUGUACAGAGGUUAUGGACAUUAAAGGUCAGUUAGUUAGCAAACUUCAUGAGAUCUGUAGUAGCAACUCUUUCAGUCAUGGAGUGAGAUGGUAUGCUGCUUAUAUUUUAAGUUAUUUUGGAUUUUAUGGUUUCCCAAAUGAAUUCGCCAUACGGAUUGGGAAAUAUCUUAAUAAAGAAGAAUGCUCAGAUAUGCAACUCAUUGUAGCAAAUGGGGUUUCUGUGAAUGUUCAUGGUGUUAUUCUUGCUGUUCGAUGUCCAUCACUGCUGCCUCCUCAAUUGUUACCCAGUGGCAAGAGUUCUGAAGAGGUAACAGAUAAGUUUGUCAAAGAGACUGUGAAAGAAUUUCGGUUAUCUCCUCAUGUUGAUUAUGAAGCAUUGGCGUUGCUGUUGCAAUAUGUAUACUUGGGAUGCUUAAAGACAGGAGAAGAAACUGUUGAGAAACUGAAAAUUCUUGCUAAGCGCUGCAAUCAACAACCUUUCUUGCAAAUGCUUUGUAGACAACGUCCAAAGUGGGGCACGCCUUUCCCCAACUUCAAUCUUACUUCAUCUCUUUAUUCAGCUGGAAGUUGCUUCUCGGAUGUCAUAUUGGAAGCUAAAUCAAAUAAACUUACUGGGUGGACAUGCGACAUUUGUUCCCACAUAGUACCCCAUUUGCAUGCUCACAAAGUUAUAUUGCAGUCUGGCUCUGAUUAUUUGCAAGGUUUAUUCCGGUCAGGAAUGCAAGAAAGUCAUUCACAAAUCAUAAAGGUUGAUAUUAGCUGGGAAGCAUUGAUUAAACUAGUACAGUGGUUUUAUUCUGCUGAGCUGCCUAAUCCUCCCUCUGGAUGUUUAUGGGAUAAUAUGGAUGAUGAAGAAAAGCUAUUAAAUCUACAACCGUAUGUGGAGAUUUGUUGGCUUGCCGAGUUCUGGAUUUUGGAAAAUAUUGAAGAACCUUGCUUGAAUGUGAUUAUGUCUCGUCUGGAUACUUCCAGGAAGUUGUCCAUUAAAAUAAUCAAAAUGGCUUAUAAUCUCUCUUUGUGGAAGUUGGUUGACUUUAUAGCAAAACUCAUGGCUGGUUCUUAUAGUCAAUUACGAGAUUCUGGUGAAAUUGAGGAAUUUGAUGAUGUGCUGGUGAACUUAAUUACUUCUGCUUCUAUUUUUGAUCAUGGCAAAGAUUGCUAGGUGAUUUAAGUUUCUUCAUGAUUCACAGUGAUGAGAUUCAGGAGCCCAUGUACCAUAACUUUUUAGAAGCUGAAAACUUUCAUCAUAUUAGGCAAAUGGAAGAAUAUUGGACCUGAGGUGUGCUCCAUGCUCCAUUGUUCAAAGUAAACAAGAGGAUUUGUUUUGGUGAAGCUGAAGAUAUCAUGUCAUUUGAUCAAUCAUCAGGUCAAAACUUAGUCUUCAAAUGAUUUUAGUCAUUCAUGAGUUCUACCAUCCUCCAUCUAAUUUUUUGGUAGUUGCUCCAAACUAAAGCUUGUGAAGCAUUUGUUAAGUCAGAUUCAAGAAAGUUCAGUGCUGAAUGAUGCUGAGAUUUUAGAAUAAGUUUUGACAAGCUCAUUGGGGUUUAUACACCUCAUUGUUGACUCGUAUAAAAGUACAUAAAAUAAGUACGACUAUCUUGUCAUAGGUUGAUGUAGUUAUCCGAGCGAAUAUGGCCAAUAAGCUCAAUAAUGUGUUUAAAUAAAAUUGACACCAGUACCACCAUUUUACAUGAUUUGUAUUUU